UUUGGAUGCCCGAGACGGUCCUAUAGACAAAGCCUCUCAUCUAGCGAUGAGUGAUGACCUGGGAUCUCGAAGCUACUUCAUCACUGAAGAUGAGCCAUCCAAAGCCAGAUUACGGAUUCAAAACAUCAACAUUCACGACCAAGGAGUAUUCAGAUGUCGAGUGGACUUCGUCAAUUCUCCCACAAGAAAUUUUCAGGUCAACUUGACUUUAGUAGAUCAGCCUUCUGCACCAAGAAUAUUUGACGCUGAAGGGCGAGAAAUCAAAGUGAACCAUCCAGCCGGACCAUUUCUGGAGGGAUAUGAGUUGUUUCUUUCAUGUCAAGUUACUGGAGGUCGACCAAAACCAACUCUCACCUGGUGGUAUAAUGGAACGAUACUGGACAGUGUGAUAGAUUCGAGUAGGGCCUCUCACACCACCGUCAAUCAGUUGGUGAUAGCAAAUACUCCCCGGCGUUUCAAGAAAGCCCGUAUCGAAUGUCGUGCUUCAUCUUCAGAGACAGCUGGAUUCAUCUCAAGAGAGGUACCUCUAACAGUAUUUUUGAAACCGAACAAAGUGAAGAUUGUGAGCCCAAAUGAUUUAAUAAGUGUGAGAAAGUCACAAAACAUCAGAUGUGAAACUUCCGGAUCUUAUCCGCCUGCCAAACUAACAUGGUUACUUGAUGGGAGGGCCAUUAGGAAUGCAGAUGUUACG